AUGUCCCACAGAAAGGGGGUGGUGCCAAUCCCAGGAUUCCCCUCUGGAUCCGCCAUUUGGACAGAGAGUAUAUUUAACGGCAAACACUUAUGUGUGGACACACCCCCUGCUGCCCCACAACUGACAGCUGAUGGAUCUACGUCAGUGGAUGAAGGACAGUCCAUUACAUUACGUUGUACCUUGUCUACGCUGGGUAACCCUCACAUCACGUGGAGCUGGGUGUGUGGAGAUGACACACUGACCACUGGAGUGACCAAUACAGGGACCCAGUCAGUGCUGACAUUGACAUCAAACAGAAGAUACAACCAGAGAACUUGUCAGUGUAGAGCCACAAGUCCAAGACCAUCAUUGUCGUAUAACAGGACGUCAACAACACAAACCAUCACUGUGUACUAUGUACCCCCUGCUGUCCCACAACUGACAGCUGUUGGAUCUACGUCAGUGAAUGAAGGACAGUCUAUUACAUUACGGUGUACCUUGUCUACGCUGGGCAACCCUCCCAUCACGUGGAGCUGGAUGUGUGGAGAUGACACACUGACCACUGGAGUGACCAAUACAGGGACCCGGUCAGAGCUGACAUUAACAGCCAACAGAAAGUACAACCAGAGAACGUGUCAGUGUAGAGCCACAAGUCCAAGAUCGUCAUUGUCGUAUAACAGGACGUCAGCAACACAGACCAUCACUGUAUACUACACACCCCCUGCUGCCCCAGAACUGACAGCUGAUGGAUCUACGUCAGUGGAUGAAGGACAGUCCAUUACAUUACGAUGUAACUUAUCUACGCUGGGUAACCCUCCCAUCACGUGGAGCUGGGUGUGUGGAGAUGACACACUGACCACUGGAGUGACCAAUAAAGGGACCCAGUCAGUGAUGACAUUGAGAGCAAACAGAAAGUACAACCAGAGAACGUGUCAGUGUAGAGCCACAAGUCCAAGAUCGUCAUUAUCGUAUAACAGGACGUCAGGAACACUAACUAUCACCGUGUACUAUGCACCCCCUGCUUCCCCAAAACUGACAGCUGAUGGAUCUACGUCAGUGGAUGAAGGACAGUCCAUUACAUUACGGUGUAAUUUGUCUACACUGGGUAACCCUUCCAUCACGUGGAGCUGGAUAUGUGGAGAUGACACACUGACAACUGGAGUGACCAAUAAAGGGACCCAGUCCGUGCUGACAUUGACAGCCAACAGAAAGUACAACCAGAGAACGUGUCAAUGUAGAGCCACAAGUCCAAGACCGUCAUUGUCGUACAGCAGGACGUCAGGAACGCAGACUGUCAGUGUAUACUACACACCUCCUGCUGCCCCACAACUGACAGAUGAUGGAUCUACGUCAGUGGAUGAAGGACAGUCCAUUACAUUACGGUGUACCUUGUCUACGCUGGGUAACCCUCCCAUCACGUGGAGCUGGGUGUGUGGAGAUGACCCACUGACCACUGGAGUGACCAAUACAGGGACCCAAUCAGUGCUGACAUUGACAGCCAACAUAAAGUACAACCAGAGAACGUGUCAGUGUAGAGCCACAAGUCCAAGACCGUCAUUGUCGUAUAACAGGACGUCAGGAACACAAACCAUCAUCGUGUACUGUAAGUAA